AGUGAAUUCUAUACAUUGAAUUCGUCUAUUGGAUAGCUCGUUCAGGCUGAUUCUUGUCAGAUUGGAUGCACAGAUUGAAGCUCCACCUACCACAUAUAAUCACCGGGCUUGCUAGUCCGUGAUGGACGAAGGAAGGUUUCCGAGGAGAAAUCAGAACCUAGUUACCUAGUUAAGCGGAAACCUUUUUGCUUUUAUUUGAGUAACACUGUGAUCUGUUUUCAAAUUAAACGAAAUCCGUUCCUCUCCGCGACUGCCUGAUUUGCACGGAUGUUGCCGGGAGCGCGAAUGCAGCAGUGAUUGUGGCGCGCAGCUGGAGAAGCCAAAGGAGAGAAGGGCCGGGCGGCAAGCGGGUCAAAAGAGGAUCGCGUCCUCUUCUGAGCGCAGGACACCACAGUUUUGUGUACUCAUUCAUUCGGCGCAACGCCGGUGCUGGUGCCUCUUAAGCCAGGAACAUGACGGAGUACAAGCUGGUGGUGGUUGGAGCAGGAGGCGUGGGAAAGAGUGCACUCACCAUUCAACUUAUUCAGAACCACUUUGUGGAUGAAUAUGAUCCUACUAUCGAGGACUCUUACAGGAAGCAGGUUGUGAUAGACGGGGAAACGUGUCUCCUGGACAUUCUGGACACUGCUGGUCAAGAAGAGUACAGCGCCAUGAGAGAUCAGUACAUGCGGACUGGCGAGGGUUUCCUUUGUGUUUUUGCCAUCAACAACCUCAAAUCCUUUGAGGAUGUGCACUUGUACAGAGAGCAGAUUAACAGGGUCAAAGACUCAGAUGAUGUUCCCAUGGUGCUUGUUGGUAACAAGUGUGAUUUGCCAUCACGAACAGUGGAGACUAAACCUGCACAAGAGCUGGCAAAGAGCUAUGGUAUUCCGUUUGUGGAGACAUCAGCUAAAACAAGACAGGGGGUGGAAGAUGCUUUUUACACUCUUGUGCGGGAAAUCCGAAAGCACAAAGAGAAAGUGAGCAGAAAUGGGAAAAAAAAGACCUCAAAGCGCAGGUGCACAAUCUUAUAAUCCCCUGACCUUCUGCAGUGCUGUCCCAGAUCUCUGGUUGGACUGUCAAGGGCUUGAGUUGGGUUUCCCCCCCAACUUUUUUUAUUUUUUUUUUUGGAGAACAACAAUGAACACAACCUUGGGCAGCACAAGUGAAUGACUUAUCCCUUGCUUUUAUUUUUGGCCAUAGCCCUUUUUUGUAAUAAGCAGCCCCUGAAAAAGCUGGGUAGGAGGGUGGGAGUACAUUCAUGUAAAUUUGGUGCCAGAACCCAGACGAAGUGCCACACAACUGCGAUUGGAAACGUGAAAAAGCCGUGUCCCUACCUUUGUGAGGGGAGUGUGACUGUUGGCCUGUUCUCUUUGGAAGAGCUCAUCUGAUUACCCAAAUGGGGGUUUUUUUUUCCCUCAUUGGAAAAUUAUACUGUUCCUAGAACCUGUAACACAGCAAAAGAGUGUAAGCUGUAUGCACUCUAUAUAUUUCAUUUCUUUCAAAUGCUGUGCCUCUUCUACCUACUGUGCAUCUGUUGAUUCUAUAGUUUUUAUUAAUAAACUUUCAGAAAAACAGGGUUCAGGUCUCUUCCCCCACCCAAAAUUAUCUAGGCAACUACUGUCUUUGGCUGCUUCUCCCAGUGUACCUGCAGGGAUCAACCACGUGGAGCAAUCUGUGAAUAAUAAAGUUCCCUUGGAAUAAA